GUGGCAGGGACCGGGUCCCGGGUCCGGGCGACAUCGCGUCUGGAACGGACCUGCUCGCCGACAGUCUGCGGCCGGGGACCCCGGGGACGGAGCCCGUUCUGCCCGGCGAGUGCGACCCCCUGACGCCGCAGGAAUGGGGGUCCCACCCCAGCGCCCACGAUCCCCUCCAGGACGCAGACCCAGGGCCCCGGGACCCCGUGAAGUUCUCGGCCCCGCACGUGCCGGUGGGCUUCGGGCCUGGGGGCCUGUUGGUGCUGGCGGUGCCCCGGGGCGGCCGCCCGGAGCUGGUGGAGCUGCACAGCAUGGAGGUUAUUCUUUAUGAUUCUGAGGAGCAAGAAGAAAUGAGAAUCUUCUCUGGACCUCUGAACAGGGACGACGUGUACAAGGUCGACAUCGUCACGUUCUGCCAGCGCAAGGCCGAGCAGAGCUGCAGAGCCCAGAGCCCGCGGGGCCAAGACUCCGCGCUCCUGUGGAAGCUUCUGGUCCUGCUCUGCCGCCAGAAUGGGUCCAUGGUGGGCUCGGACGUCGCCGACCUGCUCAUGAAGGACUGCGGGGAGCGGGGCCAGGACCAGCGCCAGCCGCCCGUGGCCGACCUCAUCGGGCUGGACGGCGCCGGGGCCUGGCCCAUGCCGAGCCCGGGGACCCCGAACCUGCUCACCGGGGAGACCCCCCCGAGCGUGGAGACACCCGCGCAGGUCGUGGAGAAGUUCACCAAGUUGCUCUACUUCGGGAGGAAGAAGGAGGCACUGGAAUAUGCCAUGAAGAAUCACCUGUGGGGCCACGCCCUCUUCCUGUCCAGCAAGAUGGACUCAAGGACCUACAAUUGGGUGAUGAGCGGUUUCAUCAGCACCCUGGCACUCAACGACCCCCUGCAGACCUUCUUCCAGCUCAUGUCCGGGCGUAUCCCCCAGGCGGCCACGAGCUGCGGGGACCAGCAGUGGGGAGACUGGAGGCCGCACCUGGCCAUGGUGCUGUCCAACCAGGGCGCGGAGCCCGAGCUGCAGCGGAGGACAAUCGUCACCUUGGGGGACACCCUGGCUUCCAAGGGGCUGGUGGAGGCCGCGCAUUUCUGCUACCUCAUGGCCCAAGUGCCCUUCGGCCACUACCCCGUCAAGACUGACCGGCUGGUCUUGCUGGGCAGCAGCCACAGCCAAGCGUUCCCGAAGUUCGCCACCACCGAGGCCAUCCAGAGGACCGAGACCCUCGAGUACUGCCAGACGCUGGGCCGCCCCCAGGCCUCCAUCCCGUCCUUCCAGGCGUACAAGCUGCUGUACGCGGCGCGCCUGGCGGACCACGGGCUGGCGUCGCGGGCGCUGCGGUACUGCGAGGCGGUGGGCGCGGCCCUGCUGGCCCGGGGCGGGGCGGCCCACCCGGUGCUGGCGGCCGAGCUGGUCAGGCUCGCCGAGAGGCUGAAGUUCUCGGACCCGCUGGACGCGGACCCGGAGCCCGAGUGGCUGGUGCAGCUCCGCCGCCGCCAGGGGGCGCUGCAGCUUCCCAGCACCUGCUCCCCACGCGUGUUUGCCCGCUACAAAGAAUUUCACUUGAUUUUUCACAGGCAAAGGGAGCGAGAGACGCUGAGGACCCUGGUUCAGUUUAUUCAGCUGUUUCGGGAGCUGGAGGAGCCGAUGCAGGCGGCCAGACAGAUGAGCCGACCCCCUCUGGGCCUGUCGGGCGCCCACUCAGCAGACGACGGGGGCGCGGCGCCCGCGGUGGUCCCAGUGCCGCUGUACCCCGUGGCCCCGGCCGCUCUGCCAGGGCGUGGGGGCAGCGGGGCAGGGCCUGAGGCCCCCCUGCCCCCUGCAGGGGACCCUGGCCCGGCCCCGGAGCCCUUCCUGCCCCUGGACGGUGUGGAGGUGACGCCCGGCCCGCAGGUGACCCCAGUUCCCAGGGUGCCGGUGUCCCCAGCGAGUUCGGCCAAGAAGGAGCAGGAGGUGGAGGAGAAGGAGGAAGAGGAGGAAUCACCUGCAGCCAGAGAGAAGCAAGAGAACUCCAAGGGCUCCGGCUUUGGCUGGUUCAGCUGGUUCCGUUCCAAGCCCAGCAGUUCCUCGUCCUCUGGAGACGAAGACCCCUCGGACUCCGAGGACGCCCCCAGACCUUCACACCCGCCCCGCGCUGACCCGGGUCCCGCCCUGAUGCCUUCCUCAGCCUUCCAGCCGCUGUCAGGGGCAGCCGAUGGCUUGAGGGCUGGAGGCCUGCCUGGGCCUGCGGCCUCGCCGUCGGACUUCAACCCCGGCUUCCUGCUUCCUCCGCCCACCUUCCAGGUCCCCCUCUACAACCCAGCUCAGGUGCCGCAGCUCUCCACCGUGUCCAGCCAGAACCGGCCAAACCGCCUCGCCCAGCGCCGCUACCCUGCUCAGCCGGCCGUGCUGUGAUCGGGACCCCU